AUGCCCCAAAGGUUCCUUCCAGCUCGAUUGUUCGGAAUGGGAGGGCUUCAAGUCUCCACCAGGUUAACUCCUCCAGACUCCUCCAUCAGUUGGGAGGAUGACAAGCCCUGCCACAUAUAUGACCACACAAAAGAUCAGCUCCUGGGCCUCAGUCAUGCCAACGCCUCUGAUGCACUGCAGCUGCCCCUCAAGCUUCUCCGCCAGUUGAACAAAUCUGAUAUGUUCCUGGGUACCCCCGGCUCUAGACCGGCAUUGGACUUGCUGGCACAGAUGACGAGGACAACUGCUCAUCAUUCCGGCGCCCCCGUCCCCAAACUCGCCAGAAAACCGCGACGACACAACAUGUUUAACAUUUGCAUAUCAUCUAACAUAGGUCCACUUGAGACCGUUACAAGUAUCUGA